AGUAUGGCCCGAGCCCACCAACACCACGGACGUUCGUUCAUUCAUGGGAUUGGCGGGCUACUAUCAGCGAUUCAUCACCKGAUACUCCAGGAUUGCUGCACCUAUGACGAGGUUACAGUCGCCAAAGGUGCCAUUCGUAUUCGAUGAUGCCGCACGCCGGUCAUUCCAAGCACUUAAGACGGCUAUGCUCAUGGCACCCGUCCUUAGCAUCUAURACCCCACCCUGCCAACGCGAGUGACUACRGACGCUUCCSGCUAUGGCAUUGGGGCAGUCUUGGAACAGCACGACGGCAAUGACUGGCACCCUGUGGAGUAUUUCAGCCACAAAGUGCCUCCCAUCAACUCGCUUGAUGAUGCAAGGAAGAAGGAGCUGCUCGCAUUCGUCAUGGCUCUCAAGCAAUGGCGGCACUUCCUCCUUGGGCGUCGUAGGUUCACAUGGGUCACGGACAACAAUCCAUUGACUUACUACAAGGCGCAAGAUACGGUGAGCAGCACGAUCGGACGAUGGAUGUACUUCAUCGACCAAUUUGACUUCACACCGAAACAUCCGCCUGGCCUCUCAAAUCGCGCAGCAGAUGCACUCUCACGAAGACCCGAUCUUUGCGCUAUGACACGUCAUGCCUUCGCAUUCGACGAGGAGCUUCAGCGAUACUUCAUCCGGGCAUAUCAGUCUGAUCCGGACUUCGGCACGCUCUAUGCACAGCUAUCUUCGGAUCACCCGCCGGCCAGCCAUUACUGCAUUGCUGACGGGUACUUGCUCCUCCACUCGAGAGGCAAGGACUUACUAUGUGUCCCACGCGACCGUCGUCUUCGGACUGGCCUCCUUGGCGAGUAUCAUGAUUCACGACUCGCUGGCCAUUUCGGAGUCAACCGCACUAUUGCACGGCUUCGACAGCGAUUCCGAUGGCCCAACCUCAUUACCGAUGUCACUCGGUAUUGCGACUCUUGCAAAGUUUGCCGACGCAGCAAGCCCCGCAACCGCAAUCCCUACGACGAGUUACACCCGAUGCCUAUCCCACGCGAACCCGGUCUCUCCAUUGCCAUGGACGUCACCGGUCCGUUUCCUCGCGACCGUCUCGGGCACGACGGCAUCCUCACGGUUGUGGACCGAUUGAGUAAGUACGCGCGUUUUCUCCCUUGCAAGUACUACUCCACGGCUCCCGAGCUGGCACGCCUCCUGCACACUGGUUGGAUUUGUGGCCACGGUGUACCAGAAGACAUUGUCAGCGACCGCGACACUCGUUUCAUGUCGGCGUUUUGGACUGCUCUCAUGCAGGAGUCCGGCACAACAAUGAAAACAAGUUCGGCUCGACAUCCUCAGACAGACGGGCAGACGGAGCGGGCACAUCAAACAGCUCAAAUGAUGCUUCGUACGCUCAUUCGUCCAGACCAGAAAGAUUGGGUUGACCGCCUCCCCGACAUCGAGUUCGCCUACAACACUUCGGUGCACCCGGCGAUCGGCGUGACUCCAUUCGAGUUGCACCACGGUGGACGGAAAGGCCGCAUCUUCGCCGACCUUCUCUUCCCUCGACCAACCGACAUUGACGCCGCUUGCUCCCCCGCUUCCGUUCGGAAAGAGAGGGCAGAGCGAGGGCAGAGCGAGGAUGGUUCCAAGAGGGAUGCAGGUAAUGGAUACAAGACUUAACGGAUGAAGGCAGUGGCUGCCCAAAAUAUACUCCAAACAACCACUGGGGCCAGCGCUCUGACCCCCAAGACCG